UUCCUCGCGAGAGUUCGGGGUACUUAGGUCGCCGGAGGGCUGUGUCUGUGGGCGAGUUCCUUAAGCAUCCCGCGGAGCAGGUGGUCCCAAAGUCAGGCGCUGCAGGCUGAACCCUGAGAUGCACUCCCGUGGAGGGUACAACACAGAAGAGAAAAAAAUGACUAUUGUAUGUUUAGAAGAGAAGUUUGAGACUUGACUUUUAGAUGUUUGAAUAAGGACUUAUCUUCAAAAUAGCACAUUAAGGAAUCAGAAUGAUCUCAGUGGGAAGUGAGUGACAGGUUUAAAAACUGCGCCUAAGACUAAUACUAAUUCUGGAAGAUAUUUGAAAGUCAAAGACAGGUUAGAGAAGGAAGAAGAAAAUCAGAAUUAAUAUUACAGACAAGAGAUGAUAACAUAUGACAAAAUGUCCAUUUUCAGCCCACAUACUUAUUUAUCUCAGCAUCCAAGAGCUUAUUCUACGGAGAAACCUUAUAAAUGUGAGGAAUGUGGGAAAGCCUUCAGACGCGCCUCACACCUAACUCAGCAUCAGAGCAUCCACACUGGUGAGAAGCCCUAUGAAUGUAAACAGUGUGGGAAGGCCUUCAGUCGUGGUUCUCAGCUAAGUCUUCAUCAAAGACUUCAUACUGGCGAAAAACCCUAUGCAUGCAAGGAAUGUGGGAAGGCUUUUACUCAAAGCUCACAACUUAUUUUACACCAUAGGAUUCAUACUGGUGAAAAACCAUAUAAGUGUGAAGAAUGUGGGAAAGCCUUUAUUCGAAGCUCACAACUCAGCCGACAUCAAAAAGUCCAUACUGGUGAGAAGCCUUUUGAAUGUAAAGAAUGUGGAAAGGCUUUCCCUCAGAACUCGCAGCUUACUCUGCACCAGAGACUGCAUACUGGAGAGAAGCUUUAUGACUGUACAGAAUGCAGGAAGGUCUUUACUCAGCUGUCCCAGCUCAUUCUCCACAGAAGAAUCCACACUGGCGAGAAGCCCUAUGAAUGCAUAGAAUGCGGGAAGGCUUUUAUUUGUGGUUCCCAGCUUUCACAGCACCGGAAAACUCACAAUGGAGAAAAGCCAUAUGAGUGUAAGGAGUGUGGAAAGGCUUUUAUUCGAGGCUCACUACUUAUGCAACAUCAAAGAAUUCAUACUGGUGAAAAGCCCUAUAAGUGUGAUGAGUGUGGAAAGGCUUUUAUUCGUGGUUCCCAACUUACUCAACAUCAGAGGAUUCAUACUAAUGAAAAGCCGUAUGAAUGUAAAGAAUGUGGAAAGACCUUUAGUCAUGGCUCACAACUUACUCAACAUCAGAGAAUUCAUACUGGUGAGAAACCUUACCAAUGUAAGGAGUGUGGGAAAGCCUUUAAUCGUGGAUCGCUCCUUACUCGACAUCAGAGGAUCCACACUGGUGAAAAACCCUAUGACUGUAAAGAAUGUGGAAAAAAUUUUAGUCGAGGCUCAGAACUCACGCAGCACGAGAGAAUCCACACUGGUGAGAAACCCUAUGAGUGUAAGGACUGUGGGAAAUCUUUUAUUCGUAGCUCACAGCUUACUCAACAUCAGAGAAUCCAUACCGGUGAAAAGCCGUAUGAAUGUAAAGACUGCAGAAUGGCCUUCACUCAGAGCUCACACCUUUCCCAGCACCAGAAAGUGCACACUGGUGAGAAGCCCUAUGUAUGCAGUGAAUGUGGCAAAGCCUUUGCUCGUGGAUUACUGCUCAUACAACAUCAGAGAAUUCAUACUGGGGAAAAACCGUAUCAGUGUAGGGAAUGUGGGAAGGCCUUUAUUCGUGGUUCCCAGCUUACUCAACAUCAGCGAACUCACACUGGAGAAAAACCUUAUGAAUGCAAGGAAUGUGGGAAGGCCUUUGGUCAUGGCUCUCAGCUUACUCUACAUCAGAGAAUCCAUACAGGUGAGAAACCCUAUGAAUGUAAAGACUGUAGAAAGGCCUUCACUCAAAGCUCACAUCUUUCUCGGCACCAACGAAGUCAUACUAGUGAGAAACCAUAUCAGUGUAAAGAAUGUAAGAAGGCCUUUACUCGGGGGUCACAAUUAAUGCAACAUCAGAGGAUUCAUAGCAAUGACAAAUCUUUUGACUGUAAAGAAUGUGGAAUAGACUUUAGUCAUCACUCACAAAUUUUUGUUUGAGUUAACUUAUUCUUUUCGAUUAGCAGAGCAUUUCCUGAUCAUUAUCAGUGAAAAAUUCUUACAGAUGUGAAUAUGGAACUCAUGAGGUUCAGCAUUUGGAAAAUUAUAUGGGAGAAUGGAAGUGCUGAUAUAAUCCAUAUAAAAGCCUUUGUUUAUAACCAUAUUACAUUUUAGCAAAUUAAAAUAUAAAGUGAUUCUGUUACUGUGAUAUAAAAGUGUCAACAUUAUUGUGGUCCUAUCAGUUCACUUCCUUUGUGACAUUUGUUAUAAGUAACCUUGCUUUGAUUUAAUAGUUUGUAAGAUAGAUCUAAGGCCAUUUUUUUGUCUUAUCAUGUUUAAACAUGUAAAAGCACUUAGAACAGUGCCUUGAAUAUAACAUAUCAUAAACAUUAGGUGCUAUUUUUAUUAAUGUGAUUCCAGAGAAUUUGCAGAGCUGCAUACUUAACAUUAAGAAAUCUUUCAAUAUUAUUUGUCCUAAACAAAUUAUUUAGGUGGGAGGUAUUAUACACUGUUACCAGUGCAAGAAAGCAUUCAUUCAAAUCUCAUGUAUUUGUUAUAAGAAAAAUGUAUGGUAUGAAGACGCUCUAUGGCAUUUGUGGGUUAUUGAGCACCACUGUUCCUGAAUGUGGGAGAGGUGUGGUUUCUCGUAAAAGUCCCAAGCUUACAUGUUUCACCCUCUUUGAUGUCAACUCAAGAAUAUUAUUUAUAAAUUAUGAACUAAAUACUCAAGAUUAAUCUAGGAAAUAAAAAACUUGAAUAUUUAGUUUGUUACAUAAAGUGAAAAGUUACACCCUAAGACUAUAUUUCAUUUGCAAUGAAAAAAUCUGAUGUGCUUGUAUCACAGACUGCUGUUCUACCCAAUUUUCAUUUCCAUAUCACUCACAAAAAACCUAGGCAAAAAAAUCCUGUCUCAGUCUCCAUUGCAGGUCAACAAGAUGAAAACAGAAUUUGUAUGAGUAGAAUAUUUAAGAAAUCCUUCCUCUGUUUCUUUUCCCUUCUUAACACUGUAGACAUCUGAGUUGGAGCCCAGAUAGCCUCAUGAGGAUUUUGGAAGUGGUAUCUGGGUGUUUGGGAUGGUGGAGGCUGCAACCCUGCUGAUUUUGUGAACAGUCAUUCCAACUCUGCUCUGCCUAUGUAUUCUUUAUUUAAAAUUAAAGUAACUCUCAUAUUGUUGAUGCUCUCCUAGUACUCUGAAAGAUAACCCCCUCCUCUCCCUCCCUCUCCCCUCUCCCUCUCUGUUCUUUUGAGAGUUUCUCUGUGUAGCCCUGGCUGUCCUGUUACUCACUCUGUAGACCAGGCUGGCCUCAAACUCACAGAGAUCCACCUGCCUCUGUUUCUGAGUGCUGGGAUUAAAGGUGUGCGCCAGCAUGGCUGGCAGUAAAGCUUGCUUUAAGGGCACAAACUAAUAAACUAAUGUUUGACCUGGCAAGAGGCUGCUGUGAGUAAAUGAUAUCUCGGUAUUAAUGUGAGGUCAUGGAGUGUGAGGGCAUAUGGAGAGUGAGGGUGUAUGGAGAAUGAGCUUAUUUCUUCAGGCAAGACAUUUGAUCAGCCUGCAUCCUACUGUCUUGUAAGGUAGACCAGAUACCAAUCUAGGCAUUAUUAGAAGAAAUGACAGGAAUGAUACAGAACAUGCAUGCUCAGUAUUUCUUGCUGGUUUAAAAAAUGUCUUGUGCUGGGUGGUGGUGGUGCACAGUCUUUAAUCCCAGCACUCGGGAGGCAAAAGAAGGUAGAUCUCUGUGAGUUC